UGUACACACACACACACACACACACACACGGGUAAACCCACACAAAUGAGAUCCCCUCUUCAGAGAAGCCAGCUACAGGAAAUUGACUUAUACACAGGAACUUGCUAAUCUCUAUCGUCACAUUCCGAUUGUUCCUGCCACCUCAGUCACCGCGCACAUGAAACCCGACCGUCUGGGGUUGGAUUCUCUACCAGCUCAACUUUUACAUCUUUGUUCUUCCAAUGCGAAUCAGUUAUAUUCUUGGGGAGGAAGGAAACGAUGAUCCCAGAAGGAAAUCGGAACGGUGAAAGGGCUCGGGCAGAUUUUGUUUCUGCUUACCUGCCCUGAACAGAUUAACUUCCGGAGUCAGUCAUUUUGGUGUCAAGAAAUUUCUUCGGCAUCUACAACAGGUGACUUGGAGGCAGUUGAUCUAUAGAUGAGCAUCUGAGAGCCAUUAAUCCAGAACUCUUCGAACGGGGCCCCAAGCACCAAGAUGUUCCCAAAGUGGCUGGGAUCCAUUAGAAACUGAAGCUACUGUCGGCGCCUUCCCCCACCUCGUGGACCAGAAGCCAACAGAGAGCUGUUUGAAAGUGAGCAUUCACACAUCAGCUGGUUGCAGUUGAAGACUGGCCUUCAGAGGUUUUCCAUGUAGAGCGCACAUCUCCCUCGGAUGGAAGGGGAGAAUUGCUGUCCGAGGUCCUGAGAACACAACCCUCCUCCCUACCCACUCCGGAUUUCAUUCGCUGUGUUGAAUGGCCUUUGCUUCAGCAGCCCACUGAGGGCUCUUUCCCUUGGGGUUCUGAACUUGUAACUAGGACUCCAGGCAGGGAAGAUGCUGAGCUCCAUCAAGUGUGUGUUGGUGGGAGAUUCAGCUGUGGGGAAAACCUCUCUCCUGGUGCGCUUCACUUCAGAGACCUUCCCUGAGGCCUACAAACCCACAGUGUAUGAGAACACAGGUGUGGACGUCUUCAUGGAUGGCAUCCAGAUCAGCCUGGGCCUCUGGGACACAGCGGGUAAUGAUGCCUUCCGAAGCAUCCGCCCCCUGUCCUACCAGCAGGCCGACGUGGUGCUGAUGUGCUACUCUGUGGCCAACCAUAACUCUUUCUUGAACCUCAAGAACAAGUGGAUUGCCGAAAUCAGGAGCAACUUGCCCUGCACCCCUGUGCUGGUAGUGGCCACCCAGACAGACCAGCGGGAGAUGGGGCCUCACAGGGCCUCCUGCAUUAAUGCCAUAGAUGGAAAAAAACUGGCCCAGGAAGUGAGAGCAAAGGGCUAUCUGGAGUGCUCAGCCCUCAGCAACCGGGGGGUUCAGCAGGUGUUCGAGUGCGCUGUCCGGACUGCUGUCAACCAAGCCAGGAGACGCAACAGAAGGAGGUUCUUCUCCAUUAACGAGUGCAAGAUUUUCUAGCCUCCCAGAGACUCUGCCCACACUCAUUUGUUCCCUGCAAAGACUCACAGGGACAGGGAGAGCAGGCAAGCCAGCAAGGACUGAUGCUCUUUCUAGGUACGUCUGUCACAGCACUUCCCUUAGGAUGCUGUCACUGAUGGGACUUGGCCACUAGCUGUUUUUAUGAAAUAUACUCUACAAAUGAAAACCUCUUGCCCCGUCCGAUUGGAAGGUUCUAUAAUGAAGAUUUUCACCUUAGAUUAAAAGAACAAAGUAGUCUCCAGCAUUUUGGACAAUGAAGUGAGUUUUUCCAAGAAUUCCAUAUUUAAAGACAUAUUUUAUUUAAAUGAUAACACAGUGUAUAGCUCUUGUAUACAAUUCGUUUUACAUUUGGGAAGUCUUUCCCUACACGGUCCCAAACAUGGACUGCUAUAUGAGGGAUAUACCCCUCUGGGGUUCUGCCAAAGGCUUGUAGUGUUUUCCCCUGAAGUAGUGAUUUUCUGGAGACCACUUGUCCGCUAGGUAUUACCAGGUAAUCAGAUUUUAAAAUGACCAUGGCCGGAUCCUUGCAUUUACUCUCUCAUCUACCUGUUAUUCAGAGUUGUAUAUAAUAUACUGUUCAAGAACAUAAGAUUCUUCAAUGCUACCUGAUUAAAAAUUGAAAUUUUAAACAGCUGUCACUAGAUUGCUCUACAACUAUAUAUUUUUUUAAAAAAGCAUUUCUUAUUUAUGAUCCUACCUUUUACCCAGAGAAGUCCAAUUGUGCACUAAGCCUUCUUCCCUCUUUCACCAAAAUAGACAGAAGGGAAACCUUCCAGGUAGGGAAUCAGACUGCUCCAAUGCAACCAAUGCAACAGAAGAGAGGAAGUCUCACUUUCACUUCAGUAACCGGUACCCUUUGCCUGCUUCUUCCAACCCCGUGGUUCCUCACUGGUUGUAGGUCUUCUGACGACGAGCCAGCUCAAAUCUCUGUAUGAUGGUAAUUUAGAAAAUUUACUGAUUGAUCGCUAAACUGAGCUGGCAUGGCAACAUAAUUUAUUAAGGUUAGGAUUGAAUCCAGAUCACUGGGAAGGCACCUACCUAUAUAUAUGUGUGUAUGUGUUGGGGGGAAAAAAGGUGGGAACUUCUCAUUUUUACUUAUCAUGAUUAUGAAACACCUGAGUGAAAAAAAAGAAUUCAUGAAUUCCAAGCACAGGGAACAGGCACACUGUAUAACAAUUGUUCAGAUAAUAAAAGUUAUCAGGAGAAAUACUGAAUACAGAAGGACUCAUCUCUACCUCCUCCAACCUCUUUCUGUCUAAUAGCUUAAAAGCAACGAUAUUGCUCAGCUGUUAAAGUUGAGAAUAGAGGACUGUGUAAUGGGAGGUUGACAUUGUGAAGGCGGGCAUCCGGAUGUAUCAUUUGCUCACCUAAAUUGAAUAAAACUUAGAACUACUCUGAA